GAUAUGGUUCAUCAACUUCUUCAACUCCUUCAAUGUCUGGAAGUUUCUAACUUCUACUCUAUCCUUUCUUCUUUUCUCGUACUAGUUCUCUGUUUCUUCAUUUUUAAGGUUCAUGGAGUUUGGUGGUCAUCAUCAAGAACUUCCAAGAGUCACUACAAUCUACCACCUUCUCCACCCACAUUUCCGGUCAUCGGAAACCUUCACCAGCUAGGUACUCUAGCGCACCGCUCGUUUGAUGCGAUAUCACACAAGUACGGUCCAUUACUUCUCUUGAAAUUAGGACAGUCACGGACUGUCUUAGUUUCAACUGUAGAGUUAGCUACGGAGAUCAUGAAAAACCAAGACAUUGUGUUUGCCAAUCGGCCUUUCACCACCGCGGCCAAAGCUUAUCUUUACGGGUGUAUCGACAUUGGUUUUGCGCCUUACGGUGAAUACUGGACGCAGGUUCGGAGGAUUUGUGUGCAGGAGAUGUUGAGCAACAAAAGAGUUCAGUCUUUCAACUAUGUCAGAGUAGAAGAAAUCGACACUGUGGUCAAGAAGAUAACGAGUACGUGUGCUGCUGCAACAGUAGCUGGUGUUGAAAAUGUGAUAAAUCUCAGUCAGAUAAUUCUCACUAUUAACAACAGGAUAAUAUCUAGAUGCGCACUUGGUCCCAAGUACGCGGAAGGACUUCAUGAAAGCAGAUUCGGUGAGUUGUGCAGAGAAGUUAUGCAGUUGAUGGGUGCAUUUAGUUUUGCUGAUUACCUUCCAUCUGUAAAAUGGUUAGACAAUUUUACUGGAUUCAAUCAUAAGAUUAGUAGGACUAGCAGAGACUUGAAUAUCUUCUUGGAUAAAGUUGUUGAUGAACAUUUUCUUCUUCAUAAAUCGCCGGAUAGUGAUCCGAAUAGAAAACUAGACUUGAUAGAUAUUCUAAUCUUUGCUCAGAAGGAUAAUCCAAACAUCGGUCGUGAUAAUAUCAAAGCAAUAAUCAUGGAUAUGUUUGUAGGAGGAAGCGAAACGUCUGCCACAACAAUGGAAUGGACAAUGGCAGAGCUUAUAAAGAAUCCUGAAGUGAUGAAGAAAGCCCAAGAUGAGAUAAGAAGAAUCGUUGGCAAGAAAGCUAAGAUUGAAGAGAGUGACAUUAUUCAAAUGGACUACUUGAAGUGUGUUGUCAAAGAGAUUUUGCGAAUACAUCCAGCUAUACCAACUUUGGUCCCAAGAUUAUCAUCAAAGGACACAAAACUACAAGGUUAUGAUAUCCCUGCAAAUACAGUUAUCUACAUCAAUGCAUGGACAAUUCACAGGAAUACAAAGUAUUGGGACAACCCAGAAGAGUUUCGUCCUGAGAGAUUUAUUAACAACCCUCUUGAUUUUAAGGGUCAGGAAUUUCAUUACAUUCCUUUCGGGUCAGGACGAAGAGGUUGUCCUGGCAUAGCAUUUGGAACGACGUCCAUCGAGUUUACCAUUGCCAAUCUCCUCUACUGGUUCGAUUGGGACGUUCCUGCCGGUCAAAAUAUGGAAAAACUUGACAUGACUGAAGCCAUUGGUCUUACUGUUAACAAGAAACUCCCUAUCUAUGCCGUUCCAACUCUUUACUCUCCCUAGCUAUUACCCACCAUAUUACGUAUUUCGAACGUUAGAAAGGCGGGGUUUCUUAAAUGAAGUUCUUUGUGAGGAUGAUUCCAUUUACUUUGAAAUU